AUGCUAAGUAUAUCUCAGUUGGUCGAUGAGCAAGCCGUCAUCUCCAGGCGUCGAGUUGAGCUUCAUGCACGUCUGCAGAAGGUCUACGAAGACAUGCGACCCGGUCAGGUUGUAGUUUUCGAGAUGCUCAGGGAAAUUCUGUUCCGGGAUCAUGGAGAUAUCGCAGCCAUGGGCAUAACAGCAGAUCCAGAGGAUGCUCAUGCCAGCGGGCCAGCAGUUUCCGAGCCUGUCAGCUUAGAAGAUCAUGAGCCUGAUGACGAAGUACAUCGAGAUACCGGCGAGAGUCCGACGAAAGAUCAGCAGACGCUGCUCUCCGACCUCGAUAUAUUCUGGAAUGAGCUGAACGAUGCAGAAGAGCGCCUCGAGAAUCGCGAUGAAUACUUUUAUCGUUUGAAAGCAGACCGUGUGCGGAGAAAAGAAGCUGGUCUGCCCAUAGAGACGCCUUCGGAAGUUGACUUUGUCGAAUUGCAGACGACGCAACGCAUGACUCGCCGUGUGAUUCAAGCAGAAUAA